UGACCCUUACACGUGAAAUUAAGACGUCUAACGUUGAUAAUUAGGAGCUUCGAGGUAGGAGAAAGUGGUAUAAGUAUUCAGGAAUACAUGUCAAGGAUUUCUUCUCUAACCAACAAGGCGAUACUUUGACUCGUAUGAGUUGCACAAACUGAUUACACGAGAAAUUACGAACUGAACCUUUACACCCGAAGUAGAAGAAUGCCUGGCUUGGAGAACGUGACCAAUCUUGGUCUUCGGGUGGAAAAAUUCAAGAAGAAAUUCCUCAAGCACUACCAGACGAAUUUUCCAACCCUGUUUCACAUUUGCUACGACCCGAUAGGCACCCAUAAAAAAGCACGUGCCUUCAUUGGAUUCCUUCUUGGCCUUUUCACGAGUGUACUUCUGUACGAGUGCAUUAUCAUUGGCCUGCAAUUCGAUCCAUAUACCAGCGUGAGUCUCGGUGGUAUCCUGACUGCGAUGCUGUCGAUUGGGUGCACCUUGUCUAUUCAGAUUCGAUGUAUUUGCAUCUUGACGUUGCCAGCGUUCUUCGGUCGAGCUGGACGAAGCAUGCUCAGAGCCCUGAUUUUUGGAUACAUAAUAGCUGGACCAUUGUUUAAUUUAGUGUACAAUACUAAAGAAGUGAUAAGAACGUUCGGUUGCACCUCACAGCUGACAUAUAAUCUCACCAAGACUCGAUUCGAUUUGAUGUUCAAACCUUUCCAACAGGCGAUUUUUGCUAUGAAAGCGGACGCAAACGAGAUAAAGGACACCCUGUCAUCUGUCAGAGACCUAAUGAGUCCAAUCGUGGAAGAAGUAGAAGGCGAGGAAGAAAUGAUACGAUUAAAGGAAGAAAACGAUUACCUGGACGAAUUGCAAGGUGACACGAAGAGGAGCAAAGAAAUCGAUGAGAAGCACGAGAAGAAGAUCGAGCAGGCGAAAUCUGAUGCAGACGUGUACGAAGCUAAAUACAAGAAGAAGAUCGAAGCUCGAUGCGAGGAGCAACUUAGUCGAGGUUCAGGAAGAUGCAGGGACAUGUUCGGCGAGGCUUACAACAAAUGUUACGACAAGGUGUCUGUGUUUGUUGCUUGGCUACUGUGUUGGCCAAUGAAGCUGACGUUCGUCUGUAACUUGGUGCAAGCGUUGGGUGGUUCCAACAUCUGCGAUCCUGAAGGAAAGGUCGACAGUGGCAUCGGCGAGGGAUACGCUGCUUUGAAAAGUGCCCGGGAAGAGUUCAGCAGAAGCCUGAAGGACGCGAAACUUCAGUACAAAGUGAAGAAACCGCCAGUGAUAUUAGACCUUCAAGAUUCCGCGCACGCUACCAAAGCAGUGAUGCACGAAUUCGUGGUACGAAAGAGGCUUUUCGAGUCCGUGAUGACCAUGAUAAAGAGAUGCCUGUCUUUCGUGUUCCUGAAGAUCAUACUCGGUGCUCAGAGCUACAACGAAAAGUACCUGAGGGAUAUCGAGUACGAUAACGUCUACGUGACACCCUAUUUCCGGAAGAUAGAUGCCAGACGAAAGGCUCGUGGCAGCAGAACGUUACUUCCAUUGAAGAAGAUCGAGAGGAAGAAGUUCGUCGAUCCUUACAGCUUGAAGCCUAGCAAAGCAGAGGGAUUUCACGUGACAGGGCAGGUGGUGAAAGUGCUUCUCGAGCUCGUCACAGCGACCAUUUUUGUUAUUUUGGACUGGCUGUUGUAUGAAGUAUUGGAUGUGAUCAGAAAAUUUGCUUACAUGGAGUAUACUCAGGCUGGCCACCACGACCUGACCCUAGAAAUCCGCGGUACUGGGGUGAUCGCAUCCCUGAUCAGAAGCGCGGUCCGCGGUUUCAACGUGAAGAAACGAAUCAAAACCGUGGUUUCGAACAGCGCCUGCCUUCCACGACCAACGAAAUUGCCCACUUACGUAAUCCUCAAGAUCUACGGUUUUUUUUUCCUGCUGAUCUUCCUGUCCGUCUACACGGAGAGGAUGCGCCGUGGCAUUUGCUCGUUCUUCUACCGCAGAAGGGAGAAGAGACGGGUGCUGUACCUCUACAACGAGAGCCUGCGACGCAGGAUCGCGUACGCGAAGUUCAUGAAGGCUAAGGUGAAGAGCAUGGUGAGAACGCGUCAUUUGGAGAACGAGGUCGACUUCUGGUUGGCCGUGAGGCUCAAGUGGCCCAAGUAUUUUGGAUGGCUGAAUUACUUCGACUUCGCCAGGGAAAGGUGUUUGAUCUGCGGCGACCCGGAGCCCAGAAGAGGGCCGAGGUAUCGACAAUGCACCACUCCGGGUUGUAACUUCUUAUACUGCGCCGAGUGCUGGAGAGACGUUGGUAGGAUUUGCUAUGCUUGCACCGAGUUCUCGGAUACCGAGACUGAGGAGUACGACACUCAGCGCAGUGACUUUUAG